AUGUUAAAACAGUUCAUACAGCUACUACCACUUUCAUCACCUAUGCCCAAACGUUUUAAUCCAAAGAAUACAGUUAGACCUUUCCAUCGCGGCCAUUAUUCAAAACGACCACCAAGACAACAACAAACAUCCUCAUCGUCAUACCCACGAAACGAUUACGCUCGACAGAUGGAUAGUAAGAAUGAUUUAUUACAUGUUAGAAAUUUACCAAAGGAUACAAGGCAUGGGAUGGCUAUGUAUAAAGCUGCUACAACAAAAGUGAAAAAUACACUAGCAAAAUCACAAGAAUCUUGGAUUAAUAAAUUCCCACAUUUUGAACGAUUGAAUCAUAUAACUUAUACACCUAGGGUUAUGGAACCUUUAGAGACUUAUUUGACACAAGUUGAGGCAUAUUAUAAAAUGUUACAGAAGAAAAGUAAUGAAUCAUUAGCUAGGAAGAUAGAUUACCUAGAUAGCCAAUGGGUUGAACAAUCGGGGAAAGUUCCUGAUGUAAAACUUACUGAUGAUAAAGAUAGCAUAACGUAUAAGAAGCAAUUGAAAGAUUUAAAGAAAAACCAUUAUCCGACAGUUUAUUGUAGUCCCGGUGCCACAACAUUCGAUUAUUUACAUCGCAGUAUAGAGUUAUUAGCUAGUCGAAGUACUAUUUUAUUUUCUUUUGAUAUCGAGGCCUUUGAAUUGGAUAAUAGUGUAGUCACUGAAGUUGGGAUCUCCAUCUUUGACCCAAGAGAGAAUAUGACAGGGUAUGUACCAAUUACAAGGAAUUUCCAUAUUAUUGUCUCUGAAGCUCUUUCAUUACGUAACAAGAAAUGGGUUUGUGAUUUAAAAGAAUGUUAUCUAAUGGGACAGAGUCUUGUAUUGUCGUUGAAUGAAACUGUUGAGUUUGUUCAAUCUUUAAUUAAUUAUUAUAUGGUCGAGGCCACUGAAGAAUCAAGAACAUGGAAUCGUGCAUAUGUUGGUCAUAAUAUUGAUGGAGAUAUUAAUUGGCUUCAAAAGAUAGGUGUUGAAAUUCCAUUUGCAACAAAAUUAAAUAAGACACUAAAUGAAUCCAUUAAAGGAAUACCGUAUGUUUUAGAUACAAUGAAAUUAUAUAAUGGUUGUUAUGGACCAAAUGGUGGUAGUUUAGGUAAAAUUUUAAGAUUAUUUGGUUUACCUCAUGCUUUCUUACAUAAUGCAGGGAAUGAUGCACAUUACACAUUAGAAUUAUUGAUGCAUAUGUGUGAUAUUAAUUUUAGAAUUCAAUAUGGUCUUGAUGAUUUAGAUAAAUUUCAAAGAAGAGCACAAGAAUUUAUUGAUCGUAGUAAAAUUGAACCAAAAGUUUUACCUAUAUCAUAUAGUAUUACCAUGAAGGAUGCUGCUAAAGCAAAUAAACCUAAGAAAGAUUUAGUACCACAAACGGAGUUUGGUGGAUCUAAAUGGUUUGCUACAGCCAAUGACGCAUUUGAAAGUACAAUCGAGUACACAGGUAAUUUAUUUUAA